GUUUGUGUUUUGGUUUGAAUUGUAGCGAUUGGAUUUUUUAUUUAAUACAAAUAUUAAUUAUUAAGGAAUAAUGACGCUUACAGAAGACAGAGAAAUUGAUAUUUUUGUUGGUACUAAAAUAGGAUCAUUCAAACACAUAAAGUACCACACAGAUCUUACUAAGAACAAUAAGAAGUUUAUAGAGAAUUUAGUGGACAUCAAGUCACUGCAGAAAGAUGAUGGUGUCACAUGCAUGGCUUGGGGUAACCCAGGACAGACGGAAAUAUUGCUAGCAAAGAAAAAUCAACAAAUACAAGCUUAUGACACCCUAUUAGGGUUCACCAAAUCAUACACAGCGGACUUUGGCUCCGGCCAUGUGGUUGGUUUGGGACGUUGUAAGAGGAGACUGGUGGCUGCGUUGUCCAGCGGUGUGGUGAAGAUAUGGAGCAAGAAGCAGGAGGAUGUGCUGCAAGUCGGCAAGCUGGACUGUAUGAGGCUGUGUGCAGAAGAAACUUCUUUGUUUGCUACAGGUGGCGAAGAGAAUGACCUCAAAGUGUGGCGUAUAGGCGAACCAGAGCCAAUAUUUUCAGCCAAAAACUUACCCCAUGACUGGCUGCAGUUGCGCCGCCCUGUCUGGGUAAAUUCCCUCACGUUUCUCCCCGGAGAUGGGAGUCUUUUGGCCGCCUGCUCCAGACAUGGAUGUGUGAGGUUGUACGACACUCGGGCGCAGCGAAGGCCCGUUAUCAACGUAGAGUUUACGAUGGCCGCUACCUGUAUCACGCCCAGUUUCGAUGACAGACAAGUUUUGGUCGGUUUUGGCCGCGGCCAAAUGCAUCAAGUCGAUCUGCGCAAUUCCCGCCCCGACAAGGGGUACAAAGGUUGCACGGGAGCUGUCACAGAUAUAACCAUCGUACGGGAUGCUAGACUUGUAGUCAGUACAAGUCUAGACAGGCAGAUACGCGUGCACAAGUAUGAGACCAAGGAAUUGUUGUAUAAGCAAUACCUUACUUCCAAACUGACCUGCGUACUGGUGCAGACAGAAACAUCCACUCCUCUAAAGAAAGAAGCAGAAGUAAAAGAAGAGAGCGAGUUGAGAGAAGAGAAGCACACGGAAGAAGCGGCAGAAGUUGAGGAAGACGAUAUGGAUAAGUUGUUCGAUGAUAUGGAGACUGUUGGAGAAAAAACAAGAAAGAAAAAACUGCCAAUUGAACCAUCUCAAGCGAAGAAGCAUAAACCGUCGACAGAUGGCAGCACGAUGGCGCCAGAAGAGGAAGAAGACGCCAUCUUUAACUUGCUGCGAAGCACAGAGAAGCAGAAGAAGAAGCGCGAGAAGAAGAAAAAGGAGAAGAAGGCGAAGAGUGUGUUCCAUAAUGCGUAGAAUAAAUGAUGCAGAC